AUGAGAGUAUCAAGUGGCAUUUGUGUCAUUACAAUUCUGUUUUCAAUACAGAAUGCGGAAACAUACUCGCUCGAGAAUUUUGACAACUCCUAUUCUCAACGCGAUGCAUCAAUCUUUUAUAUACGACAACUUCUAAAACGUAUUAAAUCAAAUCAUGAUAACAAUUUACAAUGGAGAAAAAGAACGGAUGAUACACCAAAGAAGUGCAAAGAAAUAAAAUCAGACACUUAUUAUGUUGGUGAGCUUGGACCAGCCAUGCAUAAUAUGACUACAUAUCGAGAUUGUAUGAAUCUGUGUGAAACGGAUAGUAAGUGCUAUGCAUGGUCAUAUCAAAAUUCGAGUCAGAGCUGCUCAUUUCAAACAUCAGUGGGUCUAGCACAACCUAGUCCGGGAAUGAUGGGUGGAUCUUGUCUUGGACCAGCUGCGAAGGAAACACACUGCACUGAAGUAAUAAACGGCUCCUAUUACAAAGGUACUUACGGUCCAGCAAUAAGGCAAGUGGCUACAUAUCAAGAUUGCAUGAGUAGAUGCGAUGCAUUAGCAACAUGCUUCGCAUGGAGACAUCGAGCGUUUGAUAACACCUGUUGGCCGUUAAGUACAGCAUAUGGAUUGAUAAGUGAUAAACAAUAUACAACUGGAUCUUGUAUUAUACAACAAACAGGAUAUCCAAUGUUAAUUAUUGCAACAAAGCCACCAGUAAUUACUACAACAAAGCCACCAGUAAUUACUACAACAAAGCCACCAGUAAUUACCACAACAAAGCCACCAGUAAUUACUACAACAAAGCCACCAAUAAUUCCAAUAAUAAAUCCAUCAAUAGGAACGGAUACUACACCAAAGAAGUGUCAAGAAAUAAAAUCAGGCUCUUAUUAUGGUGGUGAUUAUGGAACAUCGAUAGAUAAUAUUGCUACAUAUCAAGAUUGUAUAAAUCUGUGUGAAACGGAUAGUAAGUGCUAUGGAUGGUUAUAUCAAAAUUCGAGUCAGAGUUGUUGGCUUCAAACAUCAGUGGAUCUAUAUAUUACUGAUGCAUCAUGUAUGAGUGGAUGUUGUCUUGGACCAGCUGCGAAGGAAACACACUGCACUGAAGUACUAUCAAACUCCUAUUACUAUAGUGAAGAUAACAGUCUACCAAUAUUCGAUGUGGCUACAUAUCAAGAUUGCAUGAGUAAAUGCGAUGCAUUAGCAACAUGCUUCGCAUGGAAACAUCAAGCGUCUUAUAGUAUCUGUUAUCUCCAAACUACAGCAUAUGGAUUGAUAAGUGAUGGGCGGUAUACAGGUGGAUCUUGUAUUAAGAAACAAGCACCAUAUCCAACAAUAAGUAUCGAAGUAUUUAGACAACAAGCAUUAGACCAGCAUAAUUUUUAUCGUGCAAAACAUUGUACACCUCCCCUUAUAUUAGAUCCAGCAUUGAAUGAUAUAGCACAAAGUUAUGCAGAACAUUUAGCUGUUAUUGAUGUAAUGGAACAUAGUGGAGAUUCAUUCAAUGGUCACUCGAUGGGAGAAUGUUUAUCGGUGUUCUAUGAUACAAACGGAUUAUAUAUUAAAGGUUCAGAUCCAGUUAAUAACUGGUACAAUGAAAUCAAAGAUUAUAAUUGGGGAAAUCCUGAUGCUUCAACAGGCGUAAUUGGACAUUUCACGCAGGUAAUAUGGAAAGGCUCAACUAGAUUGGGUAUUGGUAGAGCACUGACAAGCGAUAAUAUGACCAUGUAUGUGGUUGGAAAUUAUUUUCCAGGAGGAAAUGUCCCUGGACAAUUUGCACAAAAUGUCUUACCAAUAUGUUGA